AUGUCGCCUCAUAUUCCGUUCCCUCUUCGUGAGCAAAAGGUCGAUCAACAUCAGCCCUUCCAACAAAACCUGAAUGUCACUCUGUUUUGUCUUGAUUGCAAAAUCAGACCUCCUAAUCUUGUAGAAGAGUUUGCAUCGGGCGAUCUGGUGUGUGGAGAUUGCGGCCUCGUGUUGGGAGACCGUAUCGUCGACACUCGUUCAGAAUGGAGAACGUUUGCGAAUGAUGAGGGCGAUGACCCUUCUCGUGUGGGUGCUGCUUCCAAUCCAUUGCUUGACGGUGAUCAAUUGGAUACCAUCAUCUCACGCAAAGACGGAGGUUCGGGCAUAUCAAAGACAUUGAACAAGGUGCAAGGAAAGCAAUUACAACAUAAGGGAGAUCGAAAUAUGGCCGCCAUUUACAAAGAUAUCACAGCUAUGUGCGACUCCAUUUCAUUGUCCAGACUCGUCAGCGACACAGCCAAGCAGUUGUAUAAGCGGAUUGAAGAUGAGAAGCUCCUGCGAGGCAAAUCAAAUGAUGUGAUUAUCGCUACUUGUAUCUGCAUUGCCUGUAGACAGGAAGGUGUCGCCAGAACAUUUCGUGAGAUCUGCGCUUUGACUCGAGUGCCCAAGAAGGAGAUUGGACGUUGUUGCAAUGCGCUCAAAACCAAAAUAUUGACCACAACCAAUGUCGUUGAACCUGAGGAUUUGAUGAACCGUUUCUGCAGCAACUUGCGAUUACCCAAUUUUGUACAGAAAUCCGGUGUUGAUCUGGCUCGAACAGCAAAGCAUUUGGGAACACUAGGAGGCAAGUCGCCCAUUUCCAUUGCCGCUGCCUGUAUCUAUUUGGUGUCUUACCUCUGCAAGAACCCAAGAUCCACCAAGGACAUUGCGCAUGUUGCCGGUGUAAGUGAGGCAACCAUCAAAGCAGCUUACAAAGCGCUGUAUGCAGAAAAGGAAAAACUGAUUGACCUCAAUCCCAUGAAGGAGUAUCCCAACUGCGAAAACAUUUCAUUUGAUGAUCUUGUCUUGCCCUAA